AUGUCUUUUCAAGGCCACCUCGAAGGCCUUCUUAAUAAAGGCAAAGCCAAAUUCAAAGAGUUCAACGAGCAGCGCCAACAGCGCCAGCAGCAGCAGCAGCAUCACCAGUAUCCACAACAACCACCGCAUCAAUUCCACUCAGGCGGCCCCCCACUCAUUCCCUACGGUACCAAACCCGGCGGUUCCCAUCCUGCUCAACCAUACUGGCAACCCUUCUUUACCCCUUCCACCCCCGUCUCUGCCCUUUUCCAGCAUGAAACUGGCGCCCACGGCUGGGGCAACAACGAGUCACAGAACUAUACUGCUGCCGCUGCGAACUCCUUCUUCACCCCCGACGGGAAACUGGUCGUGCGCGCAAUCGUCAACCAUUCCCUGCCGGAGAACAAAUUCACCUCGGCGCGCCUCGUCUCGCAUCAGACACUAGAUCGGCAGAGGGGGUGCCUGACGGCGGUCCUGAGCGCGCCUUGCGCGGCGGGCAUCUGGCCUGCGUUUUGGCUGCUGCCGAAAGCCCCGUUCAGCUGGCCGACGGAUGGGGAGGUGGAUGUUUUCGAGAGCUGGAAUGGGGAUUGCGUGAAUCAUUCUUGUUUGCACUGGGGGCAUUUCAACGGGGAGGACUCGCAGAAACAUCGGGUCGUUGAGACGCCGAUUCCUGAUAUGGCGAGACGGCCGGUGACGAUGGCGUUUGCGUGGGAUCAGCCGGAGAAUGGGCAGGGAGGGAGAAUGGUAUGGUAUAUUGAUGGGAGGACGGUUAUGAAGGCGAAUAUACCCGAAGGGACGAGGAGGAUGAGUGAAUUUAAUGUCAUUUUGAAUGUGGCGAUGGGGGGGAAUGUGUGCCAGGGGAGACUACCGGCGGAUGGGGUGUAUGACUUCGUGGUUCAUGAGUUGAGAAUGGACCAUGAGCCAGUGGGGGGAUGGGGCAUAUUUGCAGAGGAAUUUCAAAGGGGAAGGGAAGGGAAGACGAUGUAG